AUUUAAUUAUCAAAAAAAUGAUUUAAAAUCUCGUCAUGAUCAUCAACUAGCAAUUGCCGGUGGUAAUGAAUUAUUUAGUUCAAGUCGUAGUACACGAUCAAAAAAACGUUAUCAUCAUCAUCCGAUUAAUCCAAAUCAUCAAAUGGCUAUGACUAAAUCGGCUGUAGUUAAGAAUAAACUUAAAUCAAAUAUUGGUUCAAUGGUUAUACGACCAUCAUUUAAUUUUAUGGAUUUAGCACCAUCACCCGAUUUGAUGGAAACUAAUGAUAAUAUGGCCAAAUUUUCGGCCAAUGAUAAUUGUAGUGACAAAAAAAUUCCAUCAUCAUCAUCAUCAUCAACCAUGCCAUCUAGUGUAGCUCAAUUCCGUAAUAAUAAACAUUCUAUUCCAAACAUUCUGAAUCAGAAUAAUAAUGAAUUAUUAUUGGUAAAUUCUUCAUCAUUAUCAUCGAAUGUUGAUCAAUGCAAUCCGAAAUAG